UGCAUAAUGUCUGGAAGAGGAAAAGGCGGUAAAGGACUAGGGAAGGGAGGCGCUAAGCGUCACCGCAAGGUGUUACGUGAUAACAUUCAGGGUAUUACUAAACCAGCCAUCCGUCGUCUUGCUCGCCGCGGCGGAGUGAAACGUAUAUCUGGUCUGAUCUACGAGGAGACACGCGGUGUGCUCAAAGUGUUUCUGGAGAACGUUAUCCGUGAUGCCGUAACGUACACCGAACAUGCCAAGAGAAAGACCGUGACCGCGAUGGAUGUCGUUUAUGCUCUGAAGCGUCAGGGCCGUACUCUGUACGGUUUUGGCGGAUAAACACAUUUGACAACCUCAACUUAAACCAAAGGCUCUUUUAAGAGCCGCCCAUAUGUCCCUAAUAGAGCUUUCCAUGUAAACAUAUUUCAGAAUUUGCAUCAGGGAACCAUGUUCCACAGACUUCG